GAAAAAAAGCAAAAAAUUCAAUGAAAGUGCAACAAUCAAUCGCGCCGCCAAAAUAUAGAAUUUUAUUUUGCAAAAUCGUCGCGGAAAAGUUAUUUUAGCGUCCAGAAAUUAGUGCGGCAAGUUCAUUCCGUGUCUUACCUGUGGAAUAGUUGCGAAUAUCUAAGGAAAUAAUUUGUUUUCGGGCAAGAGCAAUCGGUUUGUUUCGAAAGGUGCGGUGGCCUAUGAUUGCUUUUUGAGUAUUCAGGAAGUUUUGGCUUGAGCCUUGAGUCGUUUUUUGUGUGGAAGCAGCCACUUGGUGCGUCGUCAUCCCGGAGACAAUCAAACAAGUCAGAUUUGGUUAGGAUUUUAAAAGGAUAGAAACUAUUGUAAGCGAAUAAAAACAGUAUCCGAAACGGUGCGACCGUCUUAAGCCUCGAAAGCACUUCCGGAAGCGGCAGUGAUGCUAUGCUAAUUGUCAUUCUCAUCGGUACAGUUCAGCUUGGUCGGUUCGUGAGAGGUCUUCUGGAGUCGUCAGAGAAAAAGGAGAAAGACGGAAGGAGCAACUAUCCGGUUCAGGUGAUAGGUCGCGUUGGAAGUGCUAUUCGAUCGCUGCUAGGAAUGGACGGCAAGAUGGGAAGUAUCAGUUCCUCCAGCGGAACUCCCGGGACGACAAUCGUAUUCAACAAAGACAAGAAGCAGCAAUGCAUCGAUAUUGGAGGUCAGGAUGUGACCAUCGUCGGUGGUACCGGAAAACAUGAUCACGGAAGUUCGAGGGUUAAACUGGCCAACAUUGUCGACUACAAAUGGGAGCAGAAACAUUAUCCUGGACGGUUAAUAGCUUGCCACAAUGAAGGAAAAUUGGUUGCAUAUGCCAUCAAAGUGCCCAGCCGUCCGGUAGCGGAAGGAAUGGUUCGUAUACUGCAUCUGGUGAUCGGUCAACGAGCAUUGAUAAAGGGCAUGAAGAGCGAAGUCCUGGAUCUACAGUUUGCCCACAUCUCGUCCAAGGCUCUGCUGGGUAUCAUCGAAAAAGUGUCACUACAGGUCCACAAGGUGGACGUCGUAAACGAGAAAGUGGUCUGCUCGCUUCUAUUGAAAGUGAACGAUCCCAUCGAAAGUCACAUUCCAGUUUGCGAUAAGAUUAGCUGGUGUCCGUACUUGUCGGGCAGCGGUUUCGUGGAUGAUUACGCCAGUCAGCUGUUGGUGUGGACCCGAGGCGGCAACUUCCAGUGCUACAGCGUAAGUACGAUAAUACGGAAGUACGGCACCGGGGAACUCUGCGGCAGUGAUAUCUCCGACGGAGGAUUUAAGUUCCGGGAAACACUUCCGUUGAUAACGGGUGCGAUCUUUUCUGCCGAUGGGACGACACUUGCCGUGAGCUGCGAAGAUGGAGUUAUUCGGUUCUAUCAAGUCUACCAGCACACCAACGAUAACAAUCCUCGAUGUUUGCACCAGUGGAAGCCUCACGGAGGAAAAUCCAUUAGCAGCUUCUUCUUUUUGGAUAACUACACGGAAGAAAGUGGAGAUCAAACCCUUUGGAAACAUGCCAUUACCUGCGCGGAGAACAACACCGAAAUCAAGGUGUGGUCGUGCGAAACCUGGGAGUGUACUCAGACGAUCAAAUUUGCUCCCUCGAUCGAACAACCCUUGAGCUUCAUUGCGGAGAUCGAUUCCACGUCGUCUUAUCUCAUCUUAGCCGAUAUGGCCACUCGAGAGCUGUAUGUGCUUCAAAUCCGGAAGGAAGCAUUCCGCUCGGAAAAUGAACUCUCCAUUACCAAUGGAAAGCCCUCGAAAGAAAGCUUUAACGGUUCCAAGUCUGGCGAGGUCACCACCAUGGCAUCUACCGUCAGCUCGACGACUGCCGGCUCCCACGCGGUUGCCAUGACUAAAGCAUUCGUGUCGUCGGUGGCAGAAUUCCCGCUUCCCUCUCCGAUCUUGAGCUUCGGUAUCCUGAAUGUGGCAGUUCGCAAGUUCAAGACCAGUGACGCUUAUCUGAUCGAGGCGUUGGACGAUUACGACGAAGAUGAGAAUAGUUCCCUGUACAGUGUGGUCAGUGUAGUGAUCCGGAUGUUCCUCGUCCAACCGAAAAGUGUUCAGGAGUGUAUGCUUUUCUACCAGCCAAGUGUAGCUCUCGGCACCGAGGUGCUAAGCACUCUUUCCAGCAACAGUAGCGAGUAUCGUAAUAUUUCGAACACUUCGUCCGGGUCCAUUAGUUCGACGAAAAAAGAUGACCAGUUGACUACCGCGGAAGAAAUCGCCAACAGAAGUCUCGGCAGCGAGGGAGAUAAAUCCGACCAAAGUGUUCCCAAACCGAGCGAAACGUCGUUACCUGCCGCAGAGCUGGGUCGGAUACGGUCACCGAAUGUUACGGUGUCGGCAGCAAUCGCCACAGUUCCGGCUUCCACCGGUUCCAAUGGUGCCGUUGCCGUUGCAGUCGCAGUAAGUGCUACGAGCAGCACCGGCAGUGUGGCCAGUAACGGCAGCAGCAGUCAGCAGAAGCCAACGAUCAAUCUAAUGACGCCAGAUUCGUUCAGUUCUUCGUCUGCCGAUAAAGCGGAAAAGCACAAAAGCGACGAUGCCGUCAAUCCAAAUGUGCUCAGCACCCUCUUCAUGUUGGCCAACGUGACCAAACAGCAACAACAACUUCAAACAACCGAUGAAUCUCCCAACGAUAGCUACAAAGAUAAGCCUUCACCGCUGAGUAUGCUGAACAUCGUCAACAGUACCAUGAUCGAAGAGCAGGAACAAGCCAAGGUUCGCCAGUCGGUUGAACUUCAGCAGAAGGCCACCGCCUUGGAAACUCCUCCCGUCCCGCCAAUGCCUUCAGCCGAGAUGCUUGCCAGCGGCGGCUCCAGUCCCAGUCGAGAGGUACAGGAGAUUCUGUCACUUAAGGAUAACGAUUGUCUGAACGAAUACUACGACUCGGAUAACGUUUUACUGGACGAAACUGACGGUAUCGGUGCCGACGAUGACGAACUGAAUGAUCUGGAAAACGAAAUUAACGACGACGACGAUGGAGAUGAAGGCUAUAAUUUCAAGAACAUCGAUGACGAUGAUGAUGACGAUGUCCUGCAGCAACGGAAAGUUCCGGCUGCCUCUGAUGCACCUAAACCACUGAAGAAUCUACAGGAAGUCAAACCGAUCAACAAGGAACAGGGACCAUCAUCCCAAGAGAAGCUGGUGAAAAACGAACCCACUAACAAUAUUGACUGGCCAAAGGCCCCGGAAGUGCCACAUCCUCCUUCGGCUCAACCUCCCCCACCGCAACCGCCGAUGAUUGUUACAGUGCCCCAAAAUUCCAAACAGUUGGACGACCUUACUCAAAAAAUGGACCGAUUGAUGGAUGUCGUCCAGGAACAGUCUCAUCAAAUUUCCGGCCUCCGUUCGCAGAUCCACGAGCUGAACCGUGCUCGUCUGGAAGAUGCCAAAGCCUAUCAUAAGGAGAUGAAAGAAAUUAAAGCAUUGAUCACCCCUGUAAUCAACAGCACCUAUCGAAGUGGUCAAGCAUCGAUGACGCACUUGCUCCAAACGACCCAAACGAAUCAGAUGACGCAGAUGCCGCUGGUUAUGGUGCCACAAAUCGUGGAGGGACUGCGUCCGAUCAUUGUCCGGGAACUGCAAUCGCAGGUGAUGCUAAUCGUUGGUACCAAACUAGAAGGCAUGGUCAGAGUGAUCCAGAAUGACAUCAGCAAAUGGAAGCUGCAAGCCAACGAGAAUCUUACAAAGGUGAACAUCGAGCGAUUGUGUCGAUCACAGGCAGUAAUCGAUGCGAUGAACCAUGCUGUGGAAGUUGGAGUAAAAACAGGACUGGAGAAACUGUACACCGAUUCUUUGCACAAGAUCAUUCUGCCCGCGAAUGAACGGGUUUUGAGGGAAAUAUUCGUACAGCUCACCUACACGUUUGCCUCCGGAACGAAGGAAUAUCUACAAAAGCUGGAUCAAUACAUCGGGCAGCAGAAACAGUUCACGGAUCGAACCGACGAUGUACUCGAACUGGUGAAAAAGAUCCCUGAGCAGGUCAACUCCAACACCGAUCAACAGUACAAAUCCAGCACAACGGUGUUACGGGAGGACAUCGCACGAGACUUUAAGCUGCUUCAGGCGAGUCUGCUGAAGGUAAUCCGAGAAAACAUCCGGCACGAAAUCGAGAAAGGUUUGGAAGCACAAGCGUCCUCCCUGGAAGACUCCGUGUUGUCCGCAGUACGAUCACAAGCACAAACUCCAGCGCCAUCGAACGUUGACAUUCACGAGCAGAUUCGGCUGCUACUCGCUUCCGGGCAGAUCAAUCAAGCUUUCCACAAAGCUCUGCUUUCCAACGACCUGGGUCUGGUAGAAUUCACCCUCGAAAAGGCGGAAUACAAACAGGUUUUCAAUCCAUGUCCCCUCGAACAAACCGUGCUAUUGUCCCUAAUCCAGCAAAUCUCUGCCGAUAUGGUUAACUACAAUGAGUUGAAACACAGGUACCUCUCGGAUUCGAUCGUCAGUUUGAACUUUUCGGAUCCCAUCACGAAGGAACACGCACCGAAGGUGAUGCGCGAACUAACGCAAAACUGUCAAACCUAUCUCAGUUCCAAUCCGGGCCAUCCACUGGCGACCAGCAUCAAGAUGCUGAUGAUUGCCAUCCAGGGACUGGUGUACAAGCAGUUCUGAUAUCGGUGGAAAUAGUCGACGAUCGGGUAAUCCGUAAUUAUUGGAGACGAUGACGCAGCGACAAGUCUGAUUUGCGUAAAUAUUUUUUUUCGAAUUAAUUUCUGGAAAAUUCUUGGAAGUUUUUCCCUUUCAAUCGAUUUGACUCUAUUAUAUUUAUCAUGGAAGCAAACGUUAUGCUUUCUACUGGAGCAUUCAGUUUAGGAGAAAUUCUAUCAGAAUUGAUCUCUUUGGGUUUUUACUUUCGGACGAAAAGCACUUCUAAAAAGCGGUGUUAAUUUAUACGAACGCCACAAAGUGUGCCUUUCUAUUCUAAGUUAUUUUUUUUAUUCAAGCUUACCUAUCGGAAGCUUAAACGCAAUGAUGUUUCAAAUGCUUCCAACUCACUCGCUAUUGUUGUAGGUUAUGACAAAAAUUUGUGCAUUUCGUUCGUUCCUGUCUGGAUCGUCUAUGGAUUAUAAUGUAAAGAAAUCAAUCUUAUCUACAUCAUUUGGAAAUUUGUUUAUUCUAUCAAAAUUAAACUUUCAACUCAAAUUGAAUAACAAACAAAAUUCUUAUUACCACAAAAGUUGUUAUGAUGAGAGUGUUUUUGUACUCGUAGCGUAGUAUCACUGAUCAGUCCCAUUUUCAUUUAUUAAGUUAACAUCUAGACAAAUAACACUGAAUCAACAAUUUCACGCCACAAUACUCGGUUCGUGGCCGCAUCUCUCCAUCCUCGGUUAUGCCCCACGCUCGCCAAAUCGAUACGCACUUGAUCCGCCCACCUUGCUCGCUGCGCUACAUGUCUUCUAGUACAAAUCCGAAGCGAACACCAUCUUUGCAGGAUUGCUGUCCGGCAUUCUUGCAACAUGCCCUGCCCAUCGUAUCCUUCCAGCCUUCGCCACCUUCUGGAUACUGGGUUUGCCGUAGAGUUGGGCGAGCUCGUGUGGUGACCUUUUCUACAUGACCUACAUAGCUUUCCAUUUCUAUACAUUUCCUACAUUCCAACCGAAAGUAAAGCAUAACACCAAACAUACCAGUAGCAACCUUAAAGCGCUGAGUAGCAAACAUUCAAACUUCCUUAUUCAUGCCACACCAGAACCAGGUCAUUAGUAUAAUAAAACAAAGGCAUGGUCGAGUUGCGAGCGUGCUCUUAACAGCUGACCGUAUAGGCUUAAGAGAGUGAGAGCGUGAGUAACGCACUUAUGCGAAUGUCCAAUUGAAGUAGUAGAAUGUAAGGUAGCUAUAAGUAUAUGGAAAAAUAAACAAAAGGCAAUCAGUUUGAUCAACCGCGAA